GUGGGGGGGGUAAUAGGAUCUGGGUGAGAGUAGAAGCGGCGUGGUGGCCAGGGGUUGACUGCUGAAUGAAAGGGCCUGUUGCUCGCCACCACCGGAUGGUUUUUUUGUCCCGUGAAGGAGCACAUGUAGGGAGGAAAACACAGGAAGGCUCUUCCACAGUCAGGCGUCAGUGUUGGGACUGAAUCAACACCACACACAGACCCUUUGGAAGUCUGCGUCUGUCCCUACAGGUGGCGGGGUGUCCUGCCAUUGCCAUGAAUAGGGUAAGUGUGGACGGAUUGGAGCUGCUGUGGGUCUCACUGGUCCUCCUUGUGCCCCGGCAAGGGAACACACACCCCCAGUGCCUGGAUUAUAAACCCCCUUUCCAGCCAAGGGAGCCUCUGGUCUUCUGCAAGGAAUAUGCAAAGUUUGGCUGUUGUGACCUGGAGAAAGAUGACCAGAUCUCCAAGAACUUCUACAACAUCAUGGACCACUUUGAUUACUUGGGUUACGUGACCUGUGCGAAAUACAUCCGUACCAUCCUCUGUCAGGAGUGCUCUCCAUACGCUGCCCACCUUUAUGAUGCUGAGGAUGCUAACACACCCAUGAGGGAUCUGCCAGGCCUGUGCGGUGACUACUGCACUGAGUUCUGGCAACAGUGUCGCUACACCAUCAGCCUGCUCACUGACAACAACGCCACAGCGGGCAUAGAGGAGGACCGCAACAAGUUUUGCGACUUGCUGGAACUCAAAGACAGGGAGUACUGCUACCCAAAUGUGCUCUCCAAUGAUAAGCUCAAUGCCAACCUGGGAGACGUUUGGGCCGACCCAGAGGGCUGUGUGCAGCUGUGCUUGCAGGAGGUGGCCAAUGGCCUGAGGAACCCGGUGGCCAUGGUUCACGCCGACGACGGCACCCACCGCUUCUUUGUGGCCGAACAGCUCGGCUACGUGUGGACGUACCUGGCCAAUGGCUCCCGCAUUGACCGGCCCUUCCUGAACCUGACACGGGCCGUGCUCACCUCUCCCUGGGCGGGGGACGAGAGGGGCUUCCUCUGCAUGGCCCUCCACCCACGCUUCACGGUGGUGCGGAAGGCCUACGUCUACUACUCUGUGUCGGUAAAGAAAGAGGAGCGGAUCCGCAUCAGUGAGUUCACACUGUCCACUGAUGACAUGAACCAGCUGGACCAUUCCUCUGAGAGGACUAUUUUGGAAGUAGUGGAGCCAGCCUCUAACCACAAUGGGGGCCAGCUUCUCUUUGGGCAUGAUGGCUACCUCUACAUCUUCAUUGGUGAUGGGGGAAGAGCCGGGGACCCCUUUGGCAAGUUUGGGAACUCCCAGAAUAAGUCCACUCUGUUAGGGAAGGUGCUGAGGCUCGACGUGGACCACAAUGACAACCUGGACCCAUACAGCAUCCCGUCAGAUAAUCCGUUCAUCGGGGAGAAGGGCUCCCUCCCUGAGAUCUAUGCCUACGGGGUACGCAACAUGUGGCGCUGCUCCAUUGACCGCGGUGAUCCCAUCACCGGGCAGGGCCAUGGCCGACUCUUCUGUGGGGACGUUGGGCAAAACAAGUUUGAAGAGGUGGACCUCAUAGUCAAGGGUGGCAACUACGGCUGGAGAGCCAAAGAGGGCUUCUCCUGCUAUGACAACACGCUGUGUCGUAACUCCUCUCUUGAUGACGUCCUGCCAAUUUUUGCUUACCCCCACAAACUGGGGAAGUCGGUCACUGGAGGCUACGUAUACCGCGGCUGCCAGAUGCCCAAUCUCAAUGGCCUCUACAUUUUUGGGGAUUUCAUGAGUGGACGUCUAAUGUCACUGAAGGAGAAUGGAAACACAGGGGAUUGGGAAUACAAGGAGAUCUGCAUGGGAAAAGGCCAGACGUGUAAAUUCCCCAAACUUAUCAACAGCUAUUACAAAUACAUCAUCUCCUUUGCUGAAGAUGAGGCAGGUGAGCUGUACUUCUUGGCAACGGGAGCUCCCAGUGCGGCUGCCAGAGCGGGGGUGAUCUAUAAGAUAAUAGAUCCAUCCAGGAGAGCACCUCCCGGCAAAUGCAGCUUCAAGCCCACACAUGUCAACAUAAAGGGCAAGCUGAUUCACUUCCACCCGAAGGAGCAGUUUGUCAUUGACAAGAAGCCGACGACCACCGCAGCACCCACCACUACCACUAGAACAAAAGCUACCACCAACUUCCCUACUCCUCCAGCAGCCGUGCCCUUUACUACAAUGAAACCUACCCGCAGACCACCAAAUACAAAGCCGAAGACUUCCGCCAAAUCUACAAGGACAAGGGCUACGGUUAAACCUGCAAGGACAAGGGCUACGGUUAAACCUGCAAGGACAAGGGCUACGGUUAAACCUGCGACGUCAAGGAGUACGGUUAAACCUGCGACGACAAGGGCUGCGGUUAAACCGGCAAUGACAAGGGCUACGGUUAAACCUACAAGGACAAGGGUUACGGUUAAACCUGCAACGACACCUUUCAACCCCGCCUCAACGCAGAAGAGGCUUACUGACACCGCUACUAUUGCAUUAACCACCUCAUGGACUCAGCCCAUAAUGGCCAGGCCAGGCAAUGCCACCACUCCCUACAGGCAGAAACAAACCUCAUCCUAUACCACUGUUACCCCGAAGCCCGGAACACCUGUGACAACUCCAUCCAGAAGGCCCUCUCAGCCCACAUCACCAGCCUUAAGCCAACCAACACUUCGGCCUACAGUCAGACCCUCACCACUAGGGGUUAGCACAAACCGGCCUCAGACCACUCCGAGGCCAGUGUACUGGACGGCUUCACCGAAGCCCACAUCUAAGUCCCUGAGGUCCAGCUUCACCAUCCCAAAGGCAGAGGACAACUUCCUAAAUGGCCAGAGUCACAAGGUGGACACCUCCACAGGGAACCGGGUCAAUAAGAAGGGCCAUGGGAAGAGACGGCGCCGGAAACACCGGACCGGGUCAGUGCGGCUGAUCAGCACUGAGCAACUGUCGGACCGUGGACGGGUGGAGAUUUACAUACGAGGGGAGUGGGGAACGGUGUGUGACGACUUGUUCAACAGCAAAGCGGCUACCGUGGUGUGCCGGCAGCUGGGUUUUCCUGUGGCCCUGCGCGUGGCCAAGCGGGCGGAGCUUGGGGGCGGCGGCGGCAGCAUACUCCUGGACGACGUGGAGUGUGAGGGCACGGAGAGGACGUUACUGGACUGCAAACGGGCAAAGGUGGGCAAGCACAACUGUGCCCACGAUGAGGACGUGGGUGUGGUGUGUGGCUACCACCAUGACGAGGAUGUGUAAUGAUCUGAAGGAUGUCGGACUGGGGGAAAUGCUGGUUUCUUGUGCUGAACCAGCAGCUCCCUCUAUGCUCUGUGCAUCAGGGCACAAACUUUGGUCAGACAGAUCUCAGCACUCUCCCACACUAUACACAUGUUCACAGCACACACACACAAAUAUAAUUUUGUAUGAUUGACAGCAAUUGUUGAUUGUUCACCAGACUUUCUGAUCCUUUACUUCACAGGCAGCAUCCCUUUCCUUUCAAACCCUCCCUCCCAGAAAAAAGAAAUCACUUUACAAUGCUGCCCUCUGCUGGGAUUUUUGAUUCUUUUACAGUUAUCAGUUGACAAUCGUAACAUCUUCAAAGACGUUUCCUUUUUCAUUUGUAUAAAUUUUUUUUCAACAUGUGAAGAAUAAAGUGAUAUAAGUCAAAAGCGAUAAGAAAGAUAUUUUAGUAAAAUGCUGGACAUUUUGUGCUUUUGUCAUGUUCAAGUGCUUGCUGGAACUUGGAAACUGAGAUGUUUUGCUUGCUGAUUGGUUAAACUGUGUAAGGUGGUAUAUUACAACCAAAUGGCAACUUCAAAAUAUCUGAGUAUUGAAGUUAAAAUUAACAAGCAACUGCAUUUGACAAGUGUUAACCAAUACGAACAAUUUUUAAGGUACAGGGUACCUUUUGAGAUUAAUAAAAUUAGAUUUCAAGAA